GGGCGCGCAGGGACCGCAGCCGCCGAGCCGGGCCGCGGAGGGAGCCCGGGAUGAGCCUCCUCCGGAGACGGGGCUUCUACAAGCUGGACGUCAACAAGACGGCCUGGGAGCUGCCCAAGACCUACCUGACCCCCACGCACGUGGGCAGCGGGGCCUACGGCGCCGUGUGCUCCGCCAUCGACAAGCGGUCAGGGGAGAAGGUGGCCAUCAAGAAGCUGAGCCGGCCCUUCCAGUCGGAGAUCUUCGCGCGCCGGGCCUACCGCGAGCUGCUGCUGCUCAAGCACAUGCAGCAUGAGAAUGUCAUCGGACUCCUGGAUGUCUUCACCCCAGCCUCUUCCCUACGCAACUUCCAUGACUUCUACCUGGUGAUGCCCUUCAUGCAGACCGACCUGCAGAAAAUCAUGGGCAUGGAGUUCAGUGAGGAGAAGGUGCAGUACUUGGUGUAUCAGAUGCUCAAAGGUCUUAAGUACAUCCACUCCGCGGGUGUCGUCCACAGGGACCUGAAGCCGGGCAACCUGGCCGUGAAUGAGGACUGUGAGCUGAAGAUCCUGGACUUUGGGCUGGCACGGCACGCAGAUGCUGAGAUGACGGGCUACGUGGUGACUCGCUGGUACCGGGCCCCCGAGGUGAUCCUGAGCUGGAUGCACUAUAACCAGACAGUGGACAUCUGGUCGGUGGGCUGCAUCAUGGCCGAGAUGCUGACAGGAAAAACGCUGUUCAAGGGGAAAGAUUACCUGGACCAGCUCACCCAGAUCCUGAAAGUGACCGGCGUCCCAGGCGCAGAGUUUGUACAGAAGCUGAAGGACAAAGCGGCCAAAUCCUACAUCCAGUCCCUGCCCCAGACCCCUAAGAAGGAUUUCACGCAGCUCUUCCCACGCGCCAGCCCCCAGGCCACAGACCUGCUGGAGAAGAUGCUGGAGCUGGACGUGGACAAGCGCCUGACCGCCUCCCAGGCUCUUGCCCACCCCUUCUUUGAGCCCUUCCGGGAUCCGGAGGAGGAGACUGAGGCUCAGCAGCCGUUCGAUGAUUCCUUAGAACACGAGAAACUCUCUGUGGAUGAAUGGAAGCAGCACAUCUACAAGGAGGUGGUGAACUUCAGCCCCAUCGCCCGGAAGGACUCGCGCAGGCGGAGCGGCAUGAAGCUGCAGUGACCCCGGCCUGGCCUCCAGCUGGCCCUGCCCCCCCGCCCCCCUUCACUUCAGCCCUUCUUGGAAAAGCAUUUCCCCAGCCUGCUACGGCCUGGCCUAGCCCGGGCAGAAUCCGGUUCUUCCUGUAGGAGGCUGUCCUUGGAGCCCACAGGCUUGUGUCUGCCUGCCUGUCUGGAGGGGCAGGCACUGGAGGGCUGGGCCCUUUCCUUCCCAGCUGUGGUGGGGUUGCGAACAACUGGGCUGAGCCAGGCCCAGG